GUCAUUUUUCGACUCGUUGCUUCUUCGAAUACCCGUCUGCUGCCUGUCCGCCCGCUGGUUUUUCUUACUGCUGCCAUGCCUCGUUAGGCCUUUGCUUGUGCAUUUUGCUUUACUUGUAUCGCUGUUGUCUCGGCGUUUUUCUCGACAGAGUUGGCCGUCCUUUUUCAGUAUGAAAUUGAGUUUUGUGUAGUUAAGUCAGCGAAAAUUUCCGUAUGAUUCCAAAUCAAACACAGAUCGUGUGAGAAAUAUAUAGUUUUCCAAAACAACAACAUACUUACAAUAUAUAUACCUAUCUACAUAUGUUGUAUAUAUACAUACGUACAUAUAUAUCUAACAGCAAAUAAUAAACAAACAACAAUAGCAAAAAAUAUCCAAAAUAAUCGAGAAAUUCUGCGAUAAACUAAAUUUCAUCUAAUCUCACUUCCCUCGAAAAAUUCGCAAAAACAAAUUCCUUUAAAGCAAAAACAUACAAACAAUAACAAAGUCGUUCAACUUCAUCUCCAAACGCAAAGAAUUCAAAUCGUAUGCUCCAACCAUAGCUAGAUGGGUCAGAAGUGUUCACCUAAAGAUAAAGAUUCAUUUCUAGCCUAAUGUUCAUUUCUCUCUGAUGCAAGGUCAACUUAAAGCAGAAAAUCAUAGUGUAUUAACAUUGAAUCAAAUUGAGGCAGUUGUAAACAAAAUUAACAAAAAUAAAUAAGCACAGAAAAUAAACAGUAAAAGCAGAAACAUAAAAGGAAAUAUUAACAAAAAAUAAGCAAAGAAAAUAAAAUAUUGACAAAAAAAGAAAAUAACUAAAAACACGAAUAAAGUGAAUUUAAUAUAGAAAAAAACAAUUAAACGAAAAUCAAAACUAAUCAAAAAUAAAGAAAUUCAAGUAGAAACCAGCAGCAAUUAAAUUAAGAAAACCAUAUAAUUAAAAAGAAAAUUUAGAAAAAAAGUGUUGAAUGAUAAUAAAAUAUUUUUCUUCUACCAAAAAUUGAAAAAAAUUAAAAAAAAGAAUAUCAGUGCAUAAUACCAUAAAAGUGUAAACUCGUUCAAGUGAGACCAUUUUGUGAAAAAUAAACCUUUUUACCAUUACACCAGCAUAUAGAAAAAUUUCCAGCAAUUCAAGCGUCGUUUAUUUUGGCAAUCGUUUAAUCAACAAAUCAUUCCAUAUGGUUCAUAUUAUUGAAUUGGUCGGUCAGCCGAAGGUUGAGUUUGCUCAACAAGUUAAUAUGAACCGCGCUUUACAGCUCAAGCCAGCUGAAAGUGAAGGACGCAGCGAACAUAAUUUAGAUCGCAAGCUAUUCGUGGGUAUGUUAAGCAAACAGCAAACCGAAGAGGAUGUUAGACAAAUUUUUAAUCCCUUUGGCACUAUAGAGGAGUGCACCAUACUCAGGGGUCCAGACGGCGCCAGCAAGGGUUGUGCUUUUGUGAAAUUUAGUUCGCAGCAAGAGGCUCAAUCAGCCAUCACCAAUCUACACGGUAGUCAAACUAUGCCGGGUGCUUCCUCUAGUCUGGUAGUUAAAUUUGCUGAUACCGAAAAAGAAAGGCAAAUACGGCGCAUGCAACAAAUGGCCGGUCAUAUGAAUCUGCUUAAUCCUUUUGUCUUUAAUCAAUUUGGUCCAUAUGGAGCUUAUGCACAGCAACAACAAGCUGCUUUAAUGGCUGCUGCUGCCACAGCCCCUGGUUCAUAUAUCAAUCCCAUGACUGCAUUGGCCACUCAAAUACCUCCGGGCAUAAAUGGUGCUGGCCAACCUUCAUUACCCUCACCGACCAUGCCCAAUUUCCAGAUGGGUGCUCAAACGCCCAAUGGCCAACCGGGCAGUGCUGCUGCAGCAGCUGCCGCCGCUGCGGCCGCAGAUGGUGUGUUUACAAAUGGCAUGCCACCACAGACACCAUACCCAGGACAAUUGUACCUUUCAGCACCUUUACACUUAACCAUACCACCCCAAGGCCUGCAAAAUGGCGAAGCAGCAGCAUUGCAGCAUGCCUUUGCCACUGGCAUGCCACCAUUCCCUGGAGUUGCCUUUCCCGCCGUUUAUGGACAUAUUCCACAAGCUUUACCACCACCAAUUGCGGCGGUUGCACCCGCUCCACGUGAAGAUUUUCUGAUGUUCCCAGGAUGCUCGAUUUCCGGACCGGAAGGAUGCAAUCUCUUUAUAUAUCAUUUGCCGCAAGAAUUUGGUGAUGCUGAGCUAAUGCAAAUGUUCCUGCCAUUUGGCAAUGUGAUCAGUUCGAAGGUGUUUAUAGAUCGUGCUACAAAUCAAAGCAAAUGUUUUGGUUUUGUUUCAUUUGAUAAUCCUGCCAGCGCUCAAGCUGCCAUUCAAGCCAUGAAUGGCUUCCAGAUUGGCAUGAAAAGACUGAAGGUACAAUUGAAACGGCCCAAAGAUGCCAGUCGACCCUAUUAACAAUCGGAGUUCCUUCAAAUGUUAAAUUGUUUUCAAUCGUCUUUAAAUCUACAAACCUUCACAAAAUUAUUUAUGCAGUUCUAUGUUUUACAAAUCGAUUCCUCCUCUUUGACCUCCUCCGCCAACAACACCAACAACAAUCCUAACCAACAACAACAGCCACAACCACAACCUCCACCACCAUCACUUACACAAGCCUGCCUUCUCCAACCUCAUCAUCAUCAACCGUCGCAUCAACCCUUUCAUCUGCAACAACACAAUAUUUUGCUUCCCUGGCAACGUUAGUAGUUGAGUCCUACGCGAUUAACAAAAAAUAUUUAAAAAAAUCCAAAAAAAAAAUUAGAAAAAUACGAAAAAACGUCAAAAGGGGAAGUUAUUAUCGGAACAUAUAAUUUCACUGAAUUACUACCGAAAAAGGCAUUAACAAUACAUUUAAAAUAGACAUGAAUCCAGCAUUGCAAACCCUAACAUAGUAGCUUGAAACAAACCAAAACUCCACUACAUCAAAUUUCAAGGAAAAUUAUUUUUCACACAGUAAUAUCAAAAAAAAAAUAUUUACUCCGAUUAUACAACUCGAAACACAGAUUGAAAAUCACUACAAACAAAUUACUGAACUUAUACGAAAAACAACUUAAUGAAAUGAAAACAGCAACAAAUUUUUUGCCAAAAUAUUGUAAAAGAAGAUAUACUAUAUACAUGUUUGUAUAUGACAUAUUAACGGAAAAAGAACAACAUCAACUACAUGUAGAGGAAUCUGGAGAAAGCCAUACCCACACCAAGAUGAUGCAGCAACCCAUAAAUCAACCACAACUAAUGUUUUGUUACAGAACACAGAGGACAUUUUUUGAAAACAGAAAAUCAGAAAAAAAUUUAAAAAAAAUUAUAAAAAAUCAAAAAAAAAAUAUUUUUAUUUAAGAAAAAAGAAGAAAACAAAUAA